AUGAUCGUCAGACCUGCGCCCGUCGACGACGACAAUCGAGAUCAACGCAAUGACGAUCGCUUGGCGUCGAAUGCCAAGCUUGUUCCCGUGCUAAAUCUGCUGAAUGAGCCUGAAACGGCAUCCCUGACUUUGCCUCAGCUACUGGCUAAAUGUAAGCUCACCGGUGACGAGUACAUGAACUGUUUGCGCAUGACGGCCUCGUCGAGUUCUGUCGUGCUUAAGCGAGAACCGAAAGACUGCUGGGUCAACAACUACAACCGCCAUUUGCUUCUUGCCUGGGAUGGAAACCUGGACAUCCAAUACAUCCUGAAUGCCUACUCUUGCAUAGCAUACAUCUGCAGCUACAUCAGCAAGGCUGAACACGGUCUGAGCCAAUACCUCAAAUCGGUCAUUGAAAACUCCCGCUGCGCAAAUGUCAACGAGAGCGAUGAAAUGAAGCAAAUUAUGCAAGCGUACUCCAAGAAAAGAGAAGGCAAAACGCAGGAAUCUCAUGAAGUGUGGAUGACUGGCCUGCCGGAAAAAUACAAAUCCAGACCUCAAACUGAGGAAUUUGAAGUCAUGUGCUUGGCUGAUUUUGCAUCAACGUGCAGAAUUGUUUAUGGCAAACAAGCAAAAGGUAAGAAUGUUUUGCCUCUGCUCAACGACAUGGGCUUUGUCCAGAAAAGAACAGAAAAACAUGCCGUCAUCAAAUACUGCAAAUACUCUGAACAAAAGAAUCCGGAGGAAUAUUACUGCUGCUUGCUCAAGCUGUACCUGCCUCAUCGUGCUGAUUGCCAAUUAAAAUCUGAACGCUGUCCUUCCUAUCAGUUGUUUCAUGAUAACGCCUGUGUCCAGUUACCGUAUAACGACUCUGUGGAGCGCGUGUGCCAAAUUGUCAGAAGGAACAGAGAAAGGUAUGAGAAAUACAGUCGAGACAUUGACAACGCCAUCCAAGAGGUGGAGGAGAGUGGGCUCGUCAUAAACGAAUGGUGCCACCUGGCUCCCGAGAGUGAGUUGCAAAGACUCGAAUGCGUUGAGGAAAUGAACGCGAGAGAUGAACCGAACGACAACGUGGAGGAAAAUGUCCCGGACUAUAACGUCAGGUCCAAAACAACGCAAAUGUCCAUCGUGACAGAGCCUGCUGCCAUCGAUCCCGCGGUGUUACGCGACAUGUAUCGUAACCUGAACCAAAAGCAAGCGUCCGUCUUCUACAAGGUCAGAGAUUGGUGCAUAAAACGUGUGUGUAGCUCAAAGCCCAUUGAGCAGUUCUUCUACCACAUCAACGGUGGCGCCGGGACCGGCAAAUCUCAUCUCAUCAAGUGUAUCCACGCUGACGCUACCAAAAUACUGCAGAGACUACCACGACUGGCUGAGGAGGCCGACAUUUCCAAGCAAACGGUUGUUCUCGCAGCUUUCACUGGCACGGCGGCGUUCAACAUUUCCGGGGCAACGUUGCAUUGUCUACUCAAACUGCCGAGAAGUCUCAAACCCCCGUACCACGGGCUGGGCAAUAAACUGGACGAAGUCCGAGCCGAGCUGUCCAUCGCCGAAAUACUCAUCAUCGAUGAGAUUUCCAUGGUGUCGAAAGACCUCUUCGCCUACGUGAAUGCCAGGUUGAAACAAAUCAAAGGAAUUAAUUUACCUUUCGGUGGCAUGUCUGUUCUUGCUGUUGGAGAUUUCUUUCAGCUCCCUCCCGUGAGACAGUCCAAACCUCUGUGCGUGUACGAUCCUACGCGGCUGGACCACUGGCGUGACGACUUCAAAAAGAUCACGCUCACCGCCAUCAUGAGGCAGAAAGACGAUGUCGCCUUUGCCGAACUGCUGAACCGACUCCGCGUCAAAGAAAAGUCAGAUGAACUGUCGGAAAUGGACAGAGCUCUCCUUGCCACGAGGUGGAUGGCCAUAACUCUGCGAUGCUGGAACUGCUUCAUAAGGACAUUGUGCAGAUUGACGCGGAUGACUACAAGAAAGACAAAGGAACUGGCAGAAUGGCAAGACUGGAGGAGAAGCUGAACAAGGCUGGAGUGACGCGCCGACAGUUUCCCAUCAAGCUUGCUUUUGCCUGCACGAUCCACAAGGUACAAGGCAUGACAACGUCACAGGCUGCAGUUUCGCUGAAAGGUGUUUUCGAACACGGCAUGGGGUACGUAGCUCUGAGUAGAGUGACUUCGCUCAGUGGUCUGCAUAUUCUGCAUAUGGAUGAGAGAAGGCUUCAUGCAAAUCCACAAAUCACUGCUGCUCUUGCUGAGAUGGCAGAGGAUUCUUUGGAGAGCGUCAUGCCCCUCCUUCACGUGAUGCCGUCGGUAGAUCGGGCAAAUCACCUGG